AUGACUCGUUUCGAAGAAAAACUUUAUUUACAAAGUGUGUUCGACGCAAUCGAUCAAGUUUACAAUAUGAAGAAAUCUCAAAAACAUUCAACCUAUGAAGAGCGCUUGCGUGCUUCAUUUAAUAAAUUACUUAUACCUGAUUGGUAUAAUCACGAAUACACAUCAACUAAUGGUUUACGAAAAACAAAGUCUCAUGGACAUGUGCCUCGUGCCAAACGCAGUAACAACAAUCACAAUAGCAAUAAUAAUAAUAACAAUCACAUUAAUAAUAAUGACGAUACACCAGAGACAUCGAUUUCAUCUUCAGUUAACUCACCUCAUCUGUCGAAUGGUACAAAUCAUCAAUCUUAUCGUCAUCGUUCGACAAGUCGUUCGUGGUCAGAAAGAGCUCCCCUUCGACGUGAUUCCACAACAUCUAGUUAUGAUCCAAAUGGGUGUGUCAUUAACGGUCGACGAUCGGCAACUUCGAAUGGUUCAUCAACAUAUGCACCAGGUGUCCAACGUGUCGCUCAAUCAUCAACAUGGUAUAAACCACGCAUCUUUUCAUCGAAAACAGCCAAUGGCAGUGCUAAUGGCCAUACAGUUGAAGCACCUAAACCUCUGCCAAGAUGCUCGAAAAUUGAUCAAGAACGUUUACAAUCAUCGAAUGCUGCUUCUUCUCCAAAGAUUGAUCAUGUUCGACAUCCGAUAAAGCCGCGCACAAUGGCUCAAGCACAAAUACCCGUUGAAGACGAGUCACUACUUGAUGUUUCAUCUGAUGCUGACAUUACCAUUGUUCAAAAAUCACCUUCGACUCCAGCAGAUAAAAAGCCAAUCGCAAAUAUUACUCGUGCAGACUCAAUAAGAAGCGUCUCAUCAGAAACCGAGUCAUAUCGAUCGGCGAUCUUACCUUCAGUAGAUAAAAAUCUCAUUGCAACAGAUUCAUCAUCUUAUGCGAGCGUCAGUGAAAGAUGUUUGUCACCAUCAACAGCUUCGUAUCACACAGCGCGGGCAGGUGAUACAUCAUCAGCGUCAUCAAUCACAGGAUACGAAACACCAACACCACAAUUCGAUGAUGACAAUGUCACAUUAUCAGUUCACAGUUCACUUUCGGAUUUAAGCCAUGCUGAAACGUUGGAACCAAACGCCGAAGAUCUCGACAUCGCUGCCGUUUCGAUAGCAGAACACAACACUACCCUUAUUCCAUCAGUUGCCAUUGGUAUGGAACAUUCACCAUUGCCAACAAUUACAUCCACUCAAGCAAAUGUUGACAAUGCAACAACUAUCAAAUCUCAUUCAAUUGAAAAGAAAGAUCCCAACGAUGAUGCCAUUCAGCAUACCACUUCGAUGCAAAGUGAAUCCUCCGAUGUUCGUGAAAUAUUCAACGAUGAAAUCUUACGUGAAAUCGAUCUGAAUGCUGUCGGUGACGAAUUUUUCCUAUUUUCACCUCGUGACACGGCCAAUAAUCAACCAUCAUCAAAUGACAAUCAUCGAAUUCAACAAGUUGAAAGUCCAACACACACAUCCAAACGGAUCUUCACAAUGGAAGAUAACAACGAUUCAUCGAAUGGUUUUCAUUUAUCUUCAACUAACAAUCCAUUUGGUUAUGAUGAUGAUAAUAACAAUAAUAAUAAUCAAUCUUCAAUUAUGAUAACUAAUUUAGAUGAUAUAUUGAUCGAAAAUGACGAUGACGAAAAUCAAUAUUUAAAUGGAAGUUAUCGUCGUCCUAUUCAAGAAGAUAUUCUCUACGAAGUCGAGCAUGAAAACAGUCUUUCUGAUCAUAGUCAAAACACAUCAUCAAUUAUCGCCGCAAACGACGAUAAAGUAUCAAAUAAAUACGAUGCAAAUAUUGAUUAUUUGACACUAGCUGACAAUCAUAUUCCGACGAACAUUCACGAACAGACGCCAACAAGUCCUAAUGAAAAACAAAAUUCACCAAGCAGAACAACGGAGAACCAUAAUAUUCUGCCAAUUUAUAUUUUACCACCAUUGUUUACAACAUCGAAAUCUGAAGAACAUCCCACAUCACUUCACAUCGACACCAGCGAUCAAUUUGACAAAUGGGACUCAGUUAUUAAUAAAUAUUCCGAUCUUACAAGUCCAUCGUCCUACACAUCAAAAAUUCGUCAUCGACACUAUUCGGUUGGAUCCUAUUACGAUCAUAAGACACCAGCGGUGACAGUACGUCCGAAUCAUUCCAUGUAUUUUCUUGGCAGUGCACCCGUUAGUCCAUUAAGUCGAACUUCAACAACAAGUAGUGAAUCAUAUUAUCAUGCUCAUCAUUAUCCUAGUCCAAUUUCCUAUGACAAUGCUCCAAUAAGUGCAUUAAGACGUGUAAAUCCAUUUCUUGACUCGAAUACAUAUGCCCCAUUCACAUUCAAUUAUAAUUAUCGACGAACAACAGAAUAUCGUUCGUCGUCCUUGAAUCGAGAAGAGAAAUCUCGUACAAUUACAUACACAUCUCCGAAGAUGACAUCCAAGUCCGUGGAACGGACAAUUCCUAUAAUCAAAACUGAACGCAUACCAUCUGCAACUCAAUCCGUCACGUCACCUCCGCCGUCAACAUCGAUACGUACGAGCUCUAUCCCAUUUCAACAAUAUGAAAUUCCUAUCAUGCGCCCAAAAGCAACUCGACACAUUUCUAUGUCACCAUCGCCCCCACCUCCUCCACCUCGGCCUGCUAUAUUUGAACAGGAGUCUUCAUUUAUCCGACGAACGAUAAUUCAGAAAAGCCCAGCAACAUCAUCAUCACCUCGAUCAUCUCUGUUCGAUCGAGAAUUAUCACCACCUUCGCCUUCACCUCCACCUCUGCCAGUUCGUCCUAAAACCAGUCGAGGACGAGUUCGAACACCCUCACCUCCACCAAUUCGAUCGAAACCUAAAGACAAAGAACACUCAUAUAAUAUCUAUCAGGAAAUCGAUUCGGCAUCGAUAGACGACGACCAUUUACGAACGACGAAUCCUGAUUUACAAUUUAUACGUGGUGCUAUUGAACGUGUGUUUCAUUUUAAUGGCGAUUCGACAACAGACACGACGAGUGAAUCAAGUACGUACUAUGAUGAAGCAGCCGAGAGACAUCGAAAGGAACCCACAAAAGUUUCAAAUCAAUAUCCAGCCGUCGAAGCUAUUCAACGCUUUUACAAUCAUAAACCAUCACCGCAGUCAGACAAACGUCUACCAGCUGAGCAAAUAACGAAUCUUGAUGAUGUCAUUGUUAGUAAUUCAUCAGUAUCGAAAAAAACUAGUAGUCGUUCCGUACCAGUUGCCGCUCAAAAAAUGAACUAUUCGAAGACGAAAUCAAAAUCGACGAAUCAAGAACGUGUCAGUUCAGAUGAAAUCGAUGAUACAUUGAACGAUAUUGAAGAUGUCGAUUCGCAUGAUGAACGAUUGAAACGGCCGACCAUCAAUCAUUCCGAUUCUCAUACGAGUAAUGAAAAUUCACCCAUACAUUCAUCAAUUCUUCCAUUCAAAACCAAGGCUGCAUCGCAGCAAACGCAAACAACCGGACAAUCGAAAGCAACAAACGUAUCUCUCCCAAUGAUUCGAACAACAGUUUCUCCGAUUGAAAUUGUUACUGACAUGGUCAUUGAAGGAGAUGACACUAUCGAUGGUCUGAACGGCGAAAUUCAUCAGGUCUCAGAUGAUAUGGUGAUAUUCUAUGACGACAUUGAAAUUGUGGAAAAUUUGACAAGUUCGUGCUCAUCAGAAUGCGAAUCAGGAUCGGCAUCAUCUAUAUCCUCAUCAUCCCAUCAUUAUUCCAAACCAGCGAAUACUUCCAUUGCAGAACCACCACCAAUACCAGCACGUACAUUGAAGCCCAUUCAUUUAGUUAAUAACAAUAAUCAACAACAGCAGCAGGAACAACAACAGGAACUACAACGGCAGUCUCCAGCAGUGAUCACAAAUCGAACGUACGAAUUGGAAAAAGCAGUUAUUCGAAAGAAAUUUGAUGUCAAUACUGUCAAUGAUAUGAUCAAUCGUACUGACUACAAUAUAGGUCCAUCCGCAGCACAUCGUCAUCCAUCGGCGAGACACUUCGUUGGUAAAUUGAAUAGCGAUGAUUCGUCAAUACAAUCUGCGACUACCAAUGGACAUAAACGAUCAUCAACAAAAAUAACGCCAUCAGCUACACCAGUUCGUUCAGCAUCGGCAUUGCCGAGUAUCGAAAAGCCCCGCUCGGUCGUUGCCGACACAAAUGCUUUAGUCAAACAAAUACAAACAUCUUUAAGUCGCAAUUCCUUGCAUGAUUCGCAAGUUCAACCGAAACCUCUCUCAACAUCGUCAAAAGACUUACGUGCAUUCGUCUCAUCGACCUACUCUCCAACAGGCGAAAAUACGAUUGAUGACGACGGUACUGUUCAUAAACGACCACCAACGACUAAUAACGACGAACAAGUUUUCAAAAGACAAGCACGUCUAUCGAAAAGUUUCCACAAUGUAUCUGAAUACAACAGUGCAGAUCAAUCUCCUGCGAAUGAUCAUAGUGCAACACUAAAACCACAACCAUCAAAAUCUGUGGAGAAUAACCUUGAUCAGGUGACUCAUACUCAAACAAAACAAAAACACGUACCACUAAAUUUGACAUCCGUGGUGACAAGUACUUCAUUUUCAGCAUUACCCAAUGGCGAUGAGAAUGCUCGAUUAUUGUCCAUGAAAUGGUAUACGGGACAAGUGAGUGAAAAUUCCGAGAUCUGUUAUAAUCACACAAAUCACUCGGAUGGUCAUGAUCUACUUGCUGGCUAUAUAUCUGCACAUAGUAAUCAGGAGACAAAAAAACUGUUUGCUCGUCUUCAAGCAUCGAAUGAUGCUCGUAUACAUGCCGCACUUGAUGAUAUUCGAUCCCGUGUUGCUCAAUUUGACGCAUCGAAAACUCAAGGAGAUGUUCAAGUAUUUAUGCGUUAUCUUGAAUCUCGACUACGUGAUUUAAACACAAAAAAAACUCUGCACAAGUCAAUAGUGAACGGCGCUGUUAUCAAUGGUCAACCUUUAGAUAAUAUUUCAACGAAAAGUCGAACUAGUUCAACAAGUACCAAUGUUAACAAAGAUAAUUCAACGUCACGGCAACUCGGUCGACAGCACAUUCGAUCAUCUAGUAGCAUGGGAGGAGGUAGUAAUACAAGAAUGAAUGGUCAUCAAACUACUCCUCCACGACGAUUGAGCCAGUCAAGUACUACUCCAGAAAGUCCAGCAGUUCUUGAUGAGAUGCUGAAUACAGUCUUAGGCCUUCCGAAAAAAGGAGUAUCAGCCUUGCCUCAAACGUUUCCGACGAAACGAGAAAAACCUACUCCUUUGAUUCAACCGCAAAUCACAGCAUGCACAACAACAACGAAUAAAAAUGGACGAGACAUAGGCAAACGUUUAUUCGAAAGCGGAACAUACAAAGAUCCUCGUCUGCUCUAUGAUGGACCGAAACGAAAAGAGAAAGAGGAAGAACCUCUUGAAACAUCCGUGUGA